GAAGUGUUUCCAUCUUGUGCCUUGUUUGUUUCCGGAGCACCACUUCCGGCAGGCUGAGCGGAAGCCGGUACCGGGAAGAAUGAAGCGACGAAGGAGAGGACGGAGCGCCGAAGAGGGGAGGAGAUAAUCAGUCAUGGAUCCUCUGGACACAAUGCUGAAUGACCCCCUGGAUCUGGGGUCGGGUGUGGGCAACCAUAGGACCCCCAUCAUGGAGGAGUGUUUACUGGGAGGAACCAGAGUUAACCUUCCUGAAGACCUGCUGGAGGAUCCCGAGCUGUUCUUUGAUGUGGUCAGUUUGGAUACGUGGAAGAACGUCUUGUCUGACUCUCAGCGGGAACAUCUCAGGCAGUUCCUACCAUCCAUCCCAGAGGAAAACACCCGCCAGCAGCAUGACGACAUCAUCCAAGCUCUGUUUCGGGGAGACAAUUUUCGCUUUGGCAACCCACUGCAAACUGCGCAGAAGCUCUUCCGAGAUGGCCACUUGAACCCAGAAGUUGUGAAGUACCGCCAGCUCUGUCUGAAGUCCCAGUACAAACGUUAUGUCAGCUCACAACAGCAAUAUUUCCACACCCUGCUUAAACAGAUCCUGGCCUCCCGGAAGGAGCUUUUGGACCUUGCCAGAAAGAAUGGUCCAGACCUGGUGAUGAAACGGAAAGCCACUUCUCCACGGAACACACCGGAGGAGCGAGAGAGACGGGCACAGCGGCGGUACCUGAAGAUCUUGCGAGAGGUGAAGGAGGAGUGUGGGGAUGGUACACUGUCCUCGGAGGAGGAGGAUUUAUCCUCUUGGCUCCCGGGGUCGCCUACCAGUUCUCCAGGGACUAGCUUACCACUCCGCUCUGUCCCCACUCUGUCCACACAGGACAUGAAAACUGCAGAUAAAGUUGAUUUGACAGAACGGGACUUGAAGAUGAUGCUCCGGAAACAUCGUGAGAAACAGAAGCUUCAGCCGGAUCACCCUGAUCUGAUGACGGAAGAUAUCUCCAUGAAUGACAUAAUGACUCGGGUCAAUGCUGGACGCAAGGGAUCUCUAGCAGCACUUUAUGACUUGGCCACAAUGAAGAGACGGGUGAAGGAGCGGGACGAGCGGAAGAGAAAGAAGAUGAAGCCAAUAAAAACGGAGCCGGAGGAUUUCCCAGAUGCGCCUGAAGAGGCGGAUAUAAUGCCAGCUCUCCUUCCUUCUGACUCGCUCAACCUGGCCUCUGUGAAAGAAGAGCCCAUGGAGGACGUGAAGCCACCUUUGCCUUUCAAUGAGAUCUCAGCCAGUUUCUUCAGUCUUCUGCUGGAUAUACUGAUGGCAGAGGGGCCCUCCAAUUUCAUUCUGCUGGAGGAGAAGGUGUCACUUUGGCAGGGCUCACCUGCCAGCACGCUGAACAGCUGGUACUCCGCUGCCUCUAACUGGUGUGACUUGGUUCAUUCUGCCCUCUUAUAUCUUAGUGGAGACAGCAAAGGUGCUCUAUCUGGCUUAACUCCUUAUGUUGAGUUCAGGGAGAAGACGCAGCAGUGGAAGUGCCUUGUGCCCCCUGCUGAUAAUGAGAAGGAUCUCGUUGCUCUCUUCCAUCUUUGGCUUGAGACGAAGGAUCACAUAUUCACCACCAAGGAGGAGGAGGAGAGUCCAGACUCCAGCACCCCAAUUCCAAGAGUAAGAACGGAUUACAUUGUGCGGCCGAGUUCUGGAGAUGAGAAGCGGAUUUUCCAGGAACAGGAACGGCACCGCUACCUCCAGCCACACAAGGCCUUCACUUUCCGCAUGCAUGGAUUUGAGUCUGUGGUGGGUCCAGUGAAAGGUGUAUUUGACAAAGAGACGUCGCUGAACAAAGCUCGUGAACACUCACUGCUGCGAUCUGAUAGGCCAGCUUACGUCACCAUCUUGUCUCUUGUUCGUGAUGCAGCAGCCCGUUUGCCAAACGGUGAGGGUACACGUGCUGAAAUCUGUGAGCUGCUGAAGGAUUCCCAGUUUCUGGCACCUGAUGUUACCAGCGCUCAGGUUAACACGGUAGUGAGCGGUGCACUGGACCGGCUGCACUAUGAAAAGGAUCCAUGUGUGAAAUAUGACAUUGGACGCAAGCUGUGGAUCUACCUCCAUCGUGACCGCAGUGAGGAGGAGUUUGAGAGGAUUCACCAGGCACAGGCAGCGGCAGCCAAAGCCAAGAAAGCUCUGCAACAAAAGCCAAAAACGCCCUCAAAGAUCAAAUCCGGCAACAAGGAGUUUGCGAUGAGGGGCAGCAGCACGCCUGAACCAGUUCAGCUGAACUUUAAUGAGUGCAGUAUGCCGCCAACACCCGGGACACCCAGCACACCAACUACACCAGCGCUUCCAGCAAUGCCAAUGUCCCCCACAUCUGCUGCAGUCAGUAAGAUUCUUCCCAGCAAUGUUUCUGAGUCCCCCAAAUCCAGUCCGAGUGUCCUUUUGGUGUCCCCGCCCACCAUGCCUCAGCUCAGCACUCUGCUGGCUCCGUCUGUGACAAGUCAAGUGACUACUGUGACCGCGCCUUCUGUCAGGAACAUUACGCUCCCCUCCACCCCCUCAAUGCCACAAGUACGGAUUGUGACGGCUUCUGCUGCUAUGCCAGCUGCUGCUCCGCCUGCCAUUGUUACCCAGUCUCUUUCUCCCAUUGUAACGCACAUCAGGAUGCCUGUCACAACGACCACUUCUAAAGGAAUAACUCAGGUGGUGACAAUGCCAGUGAAGACGCAGGCAGCUGCCACCAUCCCGCGCCCAGCCAUUACAGUAACUGCUCCUGGAACCAUUUCUGUGACCGCUCUGACUGCACCUACAGUGGUCACUUCCAAACCAGUAGUCAGUACCCUCUCAAGUUCAACACCCACAAUACUGCAGAGCAUCACAGGACAGAACAUCAUCAAACAGGUUGCAAUAUCUGGACAGCUUGGUGUUAAGGCCCAGCCUGCACUUCCAACCACCAAUCUGCGCAUACAGGGCAAGGACGUUCUGCGGCUUCCUCCUUCUUCCAUCACCACAGAUUCUAAGGGUCAGACUAUACUGCGCAUCACACCUGACAUGAUGGCGACGUUGGCCAAAUCCCAGGUCACAGCUGUGAAGCUCUCCCAGGAACUUUUCUCGGGUGCACCACCCAGCAGCUCCAGCAAAGGGCUUUUACAUAUGACGUCCAACCCAUCAUCCCCUUCUCCUCCAAUACCUACAGCCAUCAAGGUGGCACCUGAAUUGAAGACGGCAGAGCAUGGUGGCCCUGGGUUUAGACUGAUGCCUGCUCUGGGUGUUUCUGUAGCUGACUCAAAAAUGAAAAUCACAACUACUGCAGAGACAAAGCCAGCCACAACUAUACGGAUUGUGCAGGGACUGGGCGUUGUGCCGCCUAAGGUGGCAACUACACAGAGUAUUACAGUGACUGCCAAACCUGUAGCCAUGGCAUCUUCUGCCCUGGUCAGCCCUGUUCAUGCGGCCUCAACCAUCAGUCUUUCACCCACCACCUACACUGGCACAAAACAAGUGGGAGCAGCAACAGCCACUGUACGGCAGAUUCCAGUGACGGCAGCUCAGCAGGGCAAAGUUCCGGCUCGAAUUACCGUGCCACUGUCAGUCCUCGGUCAGCAGAUGAAGGGGAAGAGCGUCAUGGCGGCUCCCAUCAUCAAAGGAAACCUGGGAGCCAAUAUAAGCGGUUUGGGACGUAAUAUUAUUCUGACUACCGUGCCAGCAGGGACCAAACUCAUCGCAGGAAACAAACCCGUCAGCUUCCUGACCGCACAGCAACUGCAGCAACUCCAACAGCAGGGCCAGGCCACACAGGUGCGAAUACAGACGGUCCCAGCCUCCCACUUACACGCUGCGACAGCCUCCACCUCCCCGGCAACCUCCAAGACCAUGUCCACAGUUGUAGUUACAACAAAUCCUCCCAGUAAACCAGCAAUGGACCCUCAGCGACAUUUGAACUCCUAAGUUUAAUUGUGAUGAAGUGAGAUUUGGGGCUCCCUGUAUGUAAGGACUUCCUCUGCAAGUAGCUGUCUUUUAUUAUGACACAUCUAUGCCAGCCAAUGGCGGUCCUGGGAACGGUUUCCAAGCCGGCCAAAGCAACUAUGGGAGAGAGGAGCACAAGUUGACAUGUUGUCUAUCAUCUAUAAAUGGUUGCUAAUGCGCACAACUGAUUUCUCGAAGACGGACACAAUUUGCGUUCUGAUCCUUAAUAUUUUUUAUGCUGAUAAGGCAAAUGAUAAAGUAAUUAAUAUAUAUGUAUUUGCCUUUUGCUUCUGAAUGUUAAAUAUAUUUAAGACUGAUAAAAAAAAAAAUGUGCUGCA